CCUGGUUCUCAAUACUGUUGUAGGAGGAUUCUCUUCAAUAAGCCUGAUUUUCAAGUACAGAAGUUAGUAUUAGAGGAGUUAAUUAAGGCUCAGGGUCACUUGACUAUUUUCUAUCCUAAGUAUUAUUACAAGCUCAACUUUAUUAAGCAAUGUUAG